AUGCUAGGCACUGGAAGGAUAAAAUUUGGCGUGGGGUCUGCCCGGGCAUGUCCAUGCCAGGUGCCCAGGGCUUCUUCUGCGACGUGGGUCCCCUGCCAGAUUUGUGGUCCUCAGCCCUCGCUCUUGCUGGCGGAGCAGCACCUGGAGUCGCCCGUGCCCAGCGCCCCGGGGGCCCUGGCGGCUUCCCAGAGACAAGAGGAGCAGCAGCGACACCGCCCCUCGCCCUGGAGGGUCCUGUACAAUCUCAUCAUGGGACUCCUGCCCUUACCCAGGGGCCACAGAGCCCCCGAAAUGGAGCCCAAUUAGGUGCCUGCACCCGCCCGGUGGACGUCAGGGACUCGGGGGGCAGGCCCCUCCUACCUCCUGACACCCUGGCCAGCGCGGGGGACUUUCUCUGCACCAUGUAGCAUACUGGACUCCCAGCCCUGCCUAUCCCGGGGGCAGGCCGGGGCAGCCACUCCAGCCCCAGCCCAGCCUGGGGUGCACUGACAGAGAUGCGGACUCCUGGGUCCCUGGCCAAGAAGCCAGGGGAGGGAGGGCUGAUGGACUCAGCAUCGGAAGGCGGCGGUGACCAAGGGGGUGGGGACUGAGCCGCCCGCCUCUGCCGCCCACCACCAUCUCAGGAAAGGCUGUUGUACUGGUGUCCGUUCCAGCUGCAGGGGUGACACUGAGGGGGGGCUCUCCUCUUGGUGCUCCUUCACUCUGGGCCUGGCCUCAGGCCCCUGGUGCUUCCCCCCCUCCUCCUGGGAGGGGGCCCGUGAAGAGCAAAUGAGCCAAACGUGACCACUAGCCUCCUGGAGCCAGAGAGUGGGGCGCGUCUGCCGGUUGCUCCAGCCAGGUGCCCAGCCAUCUUCCCUGAGCCAGCCGGCAGGUGGUGGGCGUGCCUGCCUCACCUUCAUGCGGGGGUGGCCAGGAGGGGCCCAGACUGUGAAUCCUGUGCUCUGCCCACGACCGCCCCCCGCCCCAUCAAUCCCAUUGCAUAGGUUUAGAGAGAGCACGUGUGACCACUGGCAUUCAUUUGGGGGGUGGGAGAUUUUGGCUGAAGCCGCCCCAGCCUUAGUCCCCAGGGCCAAGCGCUGGGGGGAAGACGGGGAGUCAGGGAGGGGGGGAAAUCUCGGAAGAGGGAGGAGUCUGGGAGUGGGGAGGGAUGGCCCAGCCUGUAAGAUACUGUAUAUGCGCUGCUGUAGAUACCGGAAUGAAUUUUCUGUACAUGUUUGGUUAAUUUUUUUUGUACAUGAUUUUUGUAUGUUUCCUUUUCAAUAAAAUCAGAUUGGAACAGUG